GUCUUUCUCCUCCGCUGCGGUCAAAGCAGCGAGAGAGUGGAGUGUGUGUGGCAGUUGAAUCUGGGACUAGCAGCAACUCUGUUGUCUUCAGGCAGUUCAUUUUUUGGUUUGGUCCAGGACCAACAUAUAGGAUCAACUGGAGAAGGGAGACGAAGAAGCAGUGAACGGACUGUUUUUUUUCUCUCCUUCUCGCUCUCGCUCUUUUAUUUAAAAUCAGCGUCCCGGUGGAUCUACUCUGGGAUUUCUAAACGAGGCGAGGAAGUAGACAUGCGUUUUGACUGGCGUUUCUAUUCCAGGUUCUGUCAGAUUCACUGACUGAGUACAAGGGGACACAAUAAGUGAGAAGCUGAGCUCGAUCAGAGGAGCGUAGGAAGCAGGCAUGAGUGCAGGAGGCCAUCACACCGUGGUGACCACCCCUCCCACGCCCAGCGGUGGAGGACCCGGUGGUCCAAAGGAAAGAUACUUUGACCGCAUCGACCCCAACGACCCCGAGUACCUGAGAGAGAGGAACAUGUCACCUGACCUCAGACAGGACUUCAAUAUGAUGGAACAGAAGAAGAGAGUCACACAGAUACUACAGAGUCCUGCCUUUAAGGAUGAGUUGGAGGGGCUGAUUGAGGAGCAGAAGAAGAAAGGCAACAACCCCACUGGUCUCCUGGCCCUGCGACAGAUCGCUGACUUCUUCAUGUCUUCAUCCGUGGCUGGCUUCAGCACCUCACCCCUAAGCCUUGGAAUGGUCACUCCCAUCAACGACAUGUAUGGAGUGGAGUCUACCACUCUGGUGAAGGGGGAGAAGCAGACACGCUGCAAGCUGGCCAGCCUCUACAGACUGGUGGACCUGUUCAGCUGGGCACACUUUGCCAGCUCCUACAUCACAGUCCGAGUCAGCAAAGAGCAGGACCACAUCCUCAUCAUCCCCAGAGGACUGUCAUUCGCUGAGGCGUCCGCAUCCAACCUGGUAAAGCUGAACAUCAUCGGGGAUGUGAUUGACCAGGGCUCCACCAACCUCAGGGUUGACCCGUCAGGCUUCAGCCCCCACGCUGCCAUCUACUCCAUCAGGCCAGACGCUCGCUGCUGCGUCCACGUGCACACUCCUGCCACCGCCGCCGUGUCGUCUAUGAAGUGUGGCAUCCUGCCCAUCUCUCAGGAGGCCUUGAUCCUGGGUGACAUCGCAUACUACAACUACCAGGGUAGCCUUGACGACCAGGAGGAACGCCUGGCGCUGCAGAAGGCCCUCGGACCCUCAGCCAAGGUGCUGGUGCUGAGGAACCAUGGAGUGGUGGCUCUGGGGGAAACCAUCGAAGAGGCAUUUCAUUACAUCUACAACGCUCAGUAUGCCUGUGAGAUCCAGGUGAAUGCGGUCUCGUGUGCUGGCAGCGUAGACAACCUGAUUGUGUUAGAUGCUGAGAAGUAUAAGUCUCGGACCCAUGCGGUGGCCGAUGCAGGGUCUGUCAACAUGGGAAGCCCACACAAGUGGAAGGUGGGAGAGCUGGAGUUUGAAUCUCUCAUGAGGAUGCUGGAUAACCUGGGCUACCGGACUGGCUACGCUUACCGCCACCCCAUCGUUCGGGAGAAGCCUCGGCACAAGUCCGACGUGGAGAUCCCGGCCACGGUGACGGCGUUCAUGUUCGAGGAGGAGGAGGGCGCCGCGCGGCUGCCGUUUAAGUUCCUCCAGCAGAGACAGGCCAGGGAGAAGACACGCUGGCUCAACAGCCCCAACAGUUAUAUGAAGGUUAACGUGGCGGCCGUGGACGAACGCACCAGGACCAUGUGGAUGAAGUCUGAGGAAGGUGGCAACAGCAGCGGCACUCCAAUCCGGAUCGAAGACCCCAAUCAGUUUGUCCCUAUGAACACCAACCCUAGCGAGGUGCUGGAGAGGAGAAACCGAAUCAGAGAGCAGAACAGAUUCGACAUGAUGACGUCCGGACCUCGCUCUCACCACCUGGCAGGCAUCCCAUUGGACGAACCUCGAAUGGAUCAGCCGGUCCGCGUGAAGCCCUAUGUGGCAUCAGAGGAUGACCAGAUGGUUCCUCUACCUCCUAACCCCUUCAGUCAGCUGUCUGAGAAAGAGAUGGACGAAUACACGAUGAACGUAGAGAAGAGACAGCUGGGGCUGAGUGAUGACGAGCACGACCUAACCUCCAACGACGCUUCCACUCUCUCUCAGUCUCUGUCCCAAACUCAGUCCCCGCAAAUAACUCCAGCUAAAGAAGAGAACCACACGAUGCAGAACGGCAAGGAUGGCGGCGACCAUGAGGUGAACGACGAGCUGAGCAAAAGGGUCAGUCAGCUGACCACCAGCGUGGAGAGCAUUGAGGUCAAGGUCCGCACCGGCGAGAAGAUCGAAGACUCCGCCCUCUCCCCCGAGAGCUCGCCCUCCAAGUCCCCCAACAAGAAGAAGAAGAAGUUCCGCACUCCCUCCUUCCUCAAGAAGAACAAAAAAAAAGAGAAAAUGGAGGCCUAGAGAAAGAGAGAUGGAGGGAGUGAUAUUAAAGCCUAUAUACAGUUUAAGAAGAAAGAGGGGACCCCUCUUAUUUUUAUUUUUUUGUCUGUUUUCAUUUUAGUUUUGUUUUUGUCAGUGUCCUCUUGUCAUUUUUUUUUUUUAAUAUUUUAUUUUGAUUGUAUUUUUUAACAAAUUGUUCUUUUAAGUUAACAUUUUUUAGACUUGCGCGAAAAGUGAUGAAUUGAGUUGAGGAUUGUCUUCCUCUGCCUAGAAGUGAAGGCUCAUUGAUUUGGGAAGGACUAUGUACUGCCAUUGGCUGAUUAUGUUAUUUCUUCUCUGCCAUUGGCUAAUUGUUGAUUAUGGAAUUAGAAUCAGCCAAUCGUAUUCCUUGCUUCAUAACCUCCAGCCGACACUGGCGGGUCUAGAUAUGCAUCAGUGGUAUUAUUAAACUGCACAAUAUGGCGACUAGCUAGCAUACGGAAACGCUUUCCGCCCUUAUGGUAACCAUAACAACCACCAUGUUCUUUUCGCUUAGAUUUUCUCCUCAUAUGAGGUCUGCUUCUUCAAUACAUAGAGGACUGAAAUCAGAGAGGCCACAAAGAAAUAGUCAGACUGAAAAACUGGUUUUGAGAUCUUUCUUUCACUCUUGCUUCUUGUUUUCGCUUUCUCUCUCUGCCUCUCGCUUCGUUUUUCUCUUUCAUCCUUCUUUUUAUUGCUCCUCUUCCUCUCUCACCUUCUGUUAAAAGUGAAUCUAUCUUUACAUUACCUAGCUCUCUUCUAGUCGACCUCCGACCUUCAUCUGUUGUUCACCACUGAUUCACUAUAAACUCACCAUUUUUUUUAUUGUCCUCUCCUUUUAAUUAAUUUCAUUUUUAUUUUGCCAAACUAAAAGGAAUAAAAAAACAAUCACGUUUUA